AUGCUCGAUGACGACCUCUCCCGCCGCGUCGACUCCCGCCACUUCCUCAACGUCGACACCGGGCGCUUCCUGUGCAAGGACCUGCCCCUGAACAACGGCUACAACUACAUCGGCGCGGCGGAGGGCCUCCUCGUUUUAGAAAUGGCUCACGGGCGCUCCAUGGUUGGCUUCCCUUCAAGCCUUGCAUCUCAUCGCUUUCGCUGCCACGUCGCCAUGGGCGCCGGCAUGACGGCGCCGCUGCUCUUUCUCUUCUCGUCUGACAGCAGACGAUGGUGUGACCCGAGUCAUCCUUCCCCAAGGUGGUUUAGGAUGGAGCACAUAAGCAGCACCCCGAUCUGCACGGUGGUGUCCUUGGAAAGCCCGGUAUACAUCACUGACAUGGGCGGGUCGGUUAUGGUUGUGGAUUGCUUGGAAGGUCACAAGAAGCCUGAGAUCACUACCAUCAUCCGUAGAAGCAAUGCAUUAGGGCAAAACUUCCUCGUGGAUAAUGCUGGGGAGUUGUUGCUUGUGUGUGUGCCGUGGUGGCAGUGGCACUCAAUAUAUGCCAAGCGCACGCAUGUCUUCAAGGUUGACUUGGAGGGCAAGGUCCUGGAGCCGGUCAGGAGCAUCGAAAACCGUGCUAUCUUCCUAGGUCGCCGUUGUUGUCUCUCCGUCAACGUUGAUCAUCUUCCUGCCAUCCAAGUACAAGUGCAGCUCCCGUACUGCAACUCUUUUGGCAGGACAGGUCAAUGGAUUUGGCAGCUCUCAUCCGUUACACCACGGUUCCUGCCGCUGUGUGCGUCCGACGACCGGCUUGUCCCGGGCAAGCCGCUCCGCGCUGGGACCACCAUCGUCUCCGACGGUGGUGACUUCGCCUUGGGAUUCUUCACCACGUCCAAUUCUACGUCAUAUCUCGGCAUAUGGUACAACGGCAUCUCAGAGCUAACCGCGGUAUGGGUCGCGAACCGUGAAACCCUGGUCAACAACAAUACCUUCUCCCGGCCGACCCUCUCCCUCACCAACACCUCAAAUCUUGUUCUGUCCAAUGGCAAUGGCACCGGCCGUGUCAUUUGGACGACGAACAACAUUGCUACUGCGCCGGGCUCAUCUCCCUCGACAGCCGUGCUGUUGAACACCGGCAACCUCGUCCUCCGCUCACCAAAUGGCACCAUGUUGUGGCAGAGCUUCGACCACCCAACUGACACGUUCCUCCCCGGCAUGAAGAUCGGGCUCAGAUACAAAACGCGAACCGGGGAUCGCCUGGUGUCCUGGAAGGGCCCCAACGACCCCUCUCCAGGGCGUUUCUCCUACGGCGGUGACCCGGCUACGUUCCUCCAGAUAUUCAUCUGGGAUGGAGCACGACCUGUGUACCGCAACAUCCCAUGGACAGGGUUCCGGGUGAAGAGCGAACACAAGUACCAGCAGGCGGAUCCAAACGCUAGCGCCAUCAUCGCCUACAUGGCUGUCGUCAAUACCGACGAGGAGAUCUACGUGACCUACAGCCUCUCCCACGGUGCUGCACGUACCAGGUAUGUACUGACCUACUCCGGCGAGUACCGACUCGAGAGUUGGAGCAGCAGGUUGUUGAAGUGGACUGUCCUCGCCAAGUGGCCACCCACCGACUGCACCCGCUACGGCUACUGUGGCUCGUAUGGGUACUGCGACGCUACGGCGGCGCCCGUACCGACGUGUAAGUGCCUCGACGGCUUCGAGCCGACGAGCAGGGAGGAAUGGGACGGUGGCAGGUUCUCAAAGGGGUGCCGACGAACGGUGCCAUUACGCGGGUGCGGCGACGGCUUCAUCACCAUGCCAUUGAUGAAGUCGCCGGACAGGUUCACGUUUAUCAGCGGGAACGAGAGCACAUUGGAGGAGUGUGCAGCGGAGUGCGGCCGUAAUUGCUCCGGUGUGGCAUACGCGUUCGCCAACUUGGGCAGCGCUAGGUCAGGAGGAGACAUGACGAGGUGCUUGGUGUGGGCCGGGGAGUUGGUUGACGGUGGGAAGAUAGGUGAAGUGCCUGGUGGGAACACGCUCUACCUUCGCCUCGCAGGCCUGGAAGCACUACAUGGACCAGCGGGGCGUCACGAAAGGAGCAAUGCAGCAGUGAUUGCAUUAGGAACAAGUGUUGUUAUUCUACUCACGUGCAUUUUCGUGGUAUGGUUAAAGUUCAAAGGUACACCUAGUGGAAAUGCCAACUCUACAUAUGCUCCACAUCGAUGGGGUCUGAAAAACCCAAGUGAUGGCAAGAAAACAAAGCUGAGAAAGGACAACAACAAGAUAACAUUUGAUGAUAUGAGUACCUCUUAUGAACUUGAGGACGGAAACCCUCCCCAUGAUCAUGAAUUAGCAUUUGUGAGACUUGAGGAAAUAGCCCAAGCAACAGACAAUUUCUCCGAAACAUGUUUGAUUGGACAGGGAGGCUUUGGAAAAGUUUAUAAGGGAUUCUUAGGUGGUAAGGAAAUUGCUGUAAAAAGGCUAAGUAUGGAUUCUCAACAAGGAACGGAAGAAUUCAGGAAUGAAGUAAUUCUUAUUGCCAGACUACAACAUAGAAACUUGAUUCGACUUCUUGGAUAUUAUGGCGAGGGAGCUGAAAAGUUGCUGAUUCAUGAGUAUCUACCCAAUGGGAGCUUAGACGCUAACCUUUUUGAUGAUUCAAGGAAAAUGUUGUUGGAUUGGGAAACACGGUUUAGUAUAAUCAAAGGGGUCGCAAGAGGAUUGCUUUACCUCCACCAAGAUUCAAGAAUGACCAUAAUCCAUAGAGAUCUCAAAGCUGCAAAUGUUUUACUAUAUGCAGAAAUGAAACCCAAGAUAGCGGAUUUCGGUAUGGCAAGGAUCUUUUGCGAUAACCAGCAAAAUGCAAAUACCCAACAUGUUGUCGGAACAUAUGGCUACAUGGCUCCUGAGUAUGCAAUGGAAGGCAUCUUUUCUGCCAAGUCCGAUGUCUACAGCUUCGGCGUAUUACUACUAGAGGUUGUAACUGGUAUAAGGCGAAGCUUCAAUAGUCAACCCAUGGUGAAAGAACAUGCGGUGCCCCCAUGUUUGGUUUUGUCAUGGAAUAUGUGGAAGGAAGGGAAGACAGAGGCACUGUCAGACUCAUCUAUCAUGGAUACUUGUUCACCUGAUGAAGUUUCGCUUUGCAUCCAUGUAGCCCUCUUGUGUGUACAAGAGAACCCAGAUGACGAUAGGCCAUUGAUGUCAUCCGUUGUGUUCGUUCUAGAGAACGGAAGCACCACACUUUCGAACCCAAACCAACCCACCAACUUUGUUGGACGCAAUAUUGAAAUGGAGCGCAUAAGAGAUGAUAUUCAGCACUCUAUGAACAGUUUUACUCUUACCGAGAUACAGGGACGGUGA